AUGGCGGACCUCAUCGGUGGGAGUCUGCUGCUGAGCAAGCUGGCCAAAGUGUUCACCCUGUUCUCACCGGUGACGUUGCUGCUGGUUGUCACAGUCGCGUGCGCCGUGUACGUCUACAACCGGCGCCGGUCACACCUUGUGCAGCACAUCGACAAGAUCCCCGGCCCUGCCGGACUGCCCAUCCUUGGCAAUACGCUGCACAUCAACGUGGACCACGAUGAAAUUUUUAACCGUAUCAUCGCCAUUCGGAAACUCUACGGACGACUUCAAGGUUUCAGCCGGGCGUGGAACGGACCACUGCCGUACGUGAUGAUCUCCAAAGCAAGUGCAGUCGAGCGAAUUCUCGGCAGCCAGAAGCACAUCGAGAAGAGCCACGACUACGAGUUCCUGAAGCCAUGGCUGGGCACGGGGCUGCUGACGAGCCACGGCAAGAAGUGGCACCCGCGCCGGAAGAUCCUCACGCCCGCAUUCCACUUCAAGAUCCUCGACGACUUCGUCGAUAUCUUCCAGGAGCAGAGCGCGGUGCUGGUGAAGCGGCUCGAGGCCGAGCUCGGCAACGAGGCGGGUUUCAAUUGCUUCCCAUACGUGACGCUGUGCGCACUGGAUGUGGUUUGUGAAACCGCCAUGGGCCGUCAGGUGGAUGCUCAGUGCAAUUCCGACUCCGACUACGUGAAAGCUGUGUACCAAAUCGGGCGUAUCGUGCAGAACCGGCAGCAAAAGAUUUGGCUACAACCAGACUUCAUCUUCAAGCAGACGCAGGACUACAAGGACCACCAGAAGUGUCUGCGAAUACUGCACGAGUUCUCGAACCGCGUCAUCCACGAGCGCAAGGAGGAGAUCCGCCGGCAAAAGCAGGCGACGGGUGACGGCGUCAGCAAGGACGGUGGCGGCAAGGACGGCAACAACAACAAGGAAGACUUCCUGUCGCACGAGGAGCUCAUCGGGCGCAAGAAGCGGCUCGCCUUCCUGGAUCUGCUGAUCGAGGCGUCGCAGGACGGCGCGGUGCUGUCGCACGAGGACAUCCGCGAGGAGGUGGACACGUUCAUGUUCGAGGGCCACGACACGACGUCGGCGGCCAUCUCGUGGAUCCUGCUGCUACUCGGUGCCGACCCCGCCAUCCAGGAUCGGAUCGUGGAGGAGAUCGACCAGAUCAUGGGCGGUGACCGGGAGCGCUUCCCGACCAUGCAGGAGCUCAACGAGAUGAAGUACCUGGAGGCGUGCAUCAAGGAGGGACUGCGGUUGUACCCGAGCGUGCCGCUCAUUGCCCGCCGGCUCACCGAGGACGUCGAGAUCGAUGGGUACGUGCUGCCGGCCGGCACCACCGCCAUGAUCGUCGUCUACCAGCUGCACCGCAACGCCGACGUCUUCCCCAACCCGGACAAGUUCAACCCGGACCACUUUCUGCCCGAGAACUGCCGGGGGCGACACCCGUACGCGUACAUCCCGUUCAGUGCCGGGCCGCGGAACUGCAUCGGCCAGAAGUUCGCCAUCCUCGAGGAGAAGUCCAUCAUCUCGGCCGUGCUGCGGAAGUACCGGAUCGAGGCGGUCGACCGACGCGAAAACCUCACGCUGCUCGGUGAGCUGAUUCUGCGUCCCAAAAACGGACUUCGCAUCCGCAUCUCCCGUCGCCCGUGA